UUCGAGGGAAUACGGCAGCAUCCGAGGAACUGGCGAGCAGCUCGAAACUUCAAGGCAAACAAACUACGACCGGCGAUCUCCCCUUCCCGCUCCAGCCCCACUUUACGUUUUCUCCGCCUCCUUCCCGUGGCUUGGAGUCGCGAGCUCAAGAAGACGGCAACGGAGGGAGGGCGCAGCCGUGAUUGCAUCCCUUAAACUUUCCCCUCGCCCUCCUGCCAUGGGUCUCGACGCGGAUCGCUUUGCGGAGCCGGUGGACCCGGCGCUGAAGUGCAAGCUCUGCGGCCAAGUGCUGGAGGAGCCCCUGUCCACCCCAUGCGGGCACGUCUUCUGCGCCGGCUGCCUCCUGCCGUGGGCGGCGCGGCGACGGCUGUGCCCUUUGCGGUGCAAGCCCAUCUCCGGCCAGGAGCUGCACCGGGUGCUGCCCCUCGAGAACCUCGUGCUGCGCCUGGCCGCCAAGUGCGACUACAGCGCGCGGGGCUGCCGCCGGCGCGUGCCGCUCCAUCAGCUUGCGGCGCACGUCGAGAGCUGCGACUACAGUCCGGCCGGGUGUCGCCGCCUCCGCGAGGUGCUGCUGCUGGAGGAUCUCCACAUGCGCGAGAGCAUCUGCCAGGUGAAGGGCUGUGGAGGAUGGCAAGAGCCGCAGCCGCUGCAGCCAGGAGAGGAGGCGCGCUGUGGCGCCGGCGACGAGGGGAGCGCGGGCUGUUGCGCGCGUGCGGUGCGCACCCGGCGGAGCGCUGACGCCCGGCUGGAGUCGGCGGCCAAAGGGCGGGCCCUGCAGUGGUGCGUGAGGGAGGCGACGCUGCUGGGCCAGCUGGCGGCGCUGCGGAGCGAGGUGCAGCUGACGGCGCUCAGGUACAGGCAGAAAUUCAAACAGUACGUCAGUCAUCUCAGCAGCAUCGCCGGGAACCACGACCUCAGUGAGGAAGGAGAGCCUAAGCUCUUAACCAUCAUGUUACACAGAAAAAACAAAACUCUGGGAUUUAAUAUUGUUGGAGGACAAGCUAACCAGGGCAAUCAGGUGGAAUCUGCAGAAGGAAUUUAUGUGUCUAGAAUUGUGGAAAAUGGACCUGCUGAUAAAGCAGAUGGUAUUCAAAUUAAUGACAAGAUCAUAGAGGUCAAUGGAAAAGAUCUGUCCAAAGCCACUCAUGAAGAGGCAGUGGAAGCUUUUCGGAAUGCAAAAGAGCCCAUUGUGGUCCAGGUACUACGGAGAGCACCUCUGAUAAAAACACCUGGGAGCUCACAGGAUGUUCGGCUCAUGGAUGCGAGCACACAGACAGAUAUUACAUUUGAGCACAUUAUGGCUCUGGCCAAGCUAAGACCAACCACACCUCCAGUACCGGACAUCUGCCCCUUCCUGCUUUCUGACAGCUGUCAUUCUCUUCAUCCAGUUGAGCAUGAAUUUUAUGAAGGUAAUGAGUAUCUUUCCAGUCUGCAUGCAGAUGCAGAUAGAACGGAGGACUUUGAGUAUGAGGAAGUUGAACUUUGUCGUGUUAGCAGCCAGGAAAAGCUGGGCUUGACUGUCUGCUACCGCACGGAUGAUGAGGAAGACACAGGAAUCUAUAUCAGUGAGGUUGAUCCAAACAGUAUUGCAGCCAGAGAUGGACGGAUCCGGGAAGGAGACAGGAUUUUACAAAUAAAUGGCCAAGAUGUCCAGAACCGGGAGGAGGCAGUGGCAUUGCUCUCCAGUGACGAAUGCAAGAAAAUUGUGCUGCUGGUAGCAAGACCUGAGAUGCAGCUAGAAGAAGGAUGGCUGGAUGAUGAAAGGAAUGAAUUCAUAGAGGAGUUAAACUUGGAAAUGUUGGAAGAACCGCAUAAAGAAGCAGUGCAACACACAGGCAAUGAAGUGGAGCAGCCAAAAAAACAGGAAGAAGAAGAUGGCACCACAGACACUGCUACCUCAUCAUCCAAUCAUAAUGAGAAAGAUAGUGGAGUGGGCCCCACAGAUGAGAGCCAGCGCAAUGACGAGAGCUCAGAGCAAGAAAAUGUACCAGAGGACCAGAACAAUAUGACCCCACAGAGCCAACAGGAACUCGAACAGAGCCAGGACACUUUGGGAAGCAUCAAACUCCAAUGCAACAAAAGCCUAGUGUCUGGGGAAUACAUUGAGUCUGAUUUUGUUGGUCAUCAGGAUGAGGACUGUGAAAGGUUUCGCCAGUUGCUGGAACUCAAGUGUAAGAUCCGAAAUCAUGGAGAGUAUGACUUGUAUUACUCAAGCAGUACAAUAGAGUGUAACAGAAGGAAAAAAGAUGGGGUUGAGCAUGAAUUGCAGCUGCUUAAUGAGGAACUGAGGAACAUUGAGCUUGAAUGUCAGAACAUCAUGCAGGCUCACCGGCUUCAACAAGUGAAAGAUCAGUAUGGAGACAUUUGGGCACUGCAUGAUGGUACAUUCAGGAAUUAUAACACCAGUAUAGACCUUCAAGGGGGAAAACUGGGUGACAUAAUAGAACACCCAGAGAAAUCUGACAAAGACAGUUCCAGUGCUUACAAUACAGCAGAGAGCUGCAGAAGCACUCCAUUGAAUGUAGAGCGAUCUCCUGAUAGUUCUCUCCAACGGAUGAUUAGCAUCACCAACAGGAAAAACCUCAGGAGUACCAUAGUGGCUAACCAGUUGUCUUCAAGACAGAGUGGCAGGGAGACAGCCCCAAACAAAACCAAAGCUUCUGAACAAAACAGUUCUGUCGAAGAGAAAGAAAUGGUUUCAGAAAGUAGCAAAUCAACUGAACAAGAAAGGCAAAGCCCUGAUCAUAUUCCUUAUUUGUCCCCAUAUCAUAGUUCUUCAUACAGGUACGGGAAUAUACCUGCACACGCUAAGCAUUAUCAAAGCUAUAUGCAGCUGAUACAACAAAAGUCUGCAGUGGAGUAUGCCCAAAGCCAGCUCAGCCUAGUGAAUAUGUGCAAAGAUUCACAGAAGUGUGCAGAACCCAAGAUGGAAUGGAAAGUGAAAAUAAGGAGCGAUGGGACAAGGUAUAUCACAAAAAGACCUGUAAGAGACAGAAUCCUGAAGGAACGUGCCUUAAAGAUUAAAGAGGAGCGCAGUGGGAUGACAACAGAUGAUGAUACGAUGAGUGAAAUGAAGAUGGGUCGUUACUGGAGCAAAGAGGAGCGGAAGCAGCAUCUGGUGCGAGCCAAGGAGCAGAGAAAGCGGCGGGAAUUCAUGAUGCGUAGCAGGUUAGAGUGUCUGAAAGAGAGCCCGCAAAGUGGCAGUGAGGGCAAAAAGGAAAUUAACAUCAUUGAACUCAGUCACAAAAAGAUGAUGAAAAAGAGGAACAAAAAAAUCUUGGACAACUGGAUGACUAUUCAGGAACUUAUGACACAUGGUGCUAAAUCUCCAGAUGACACGCGAGUUCACAAUGCUUUUUUAUCAGUUACUACAGUAUGA